GCUGGUACGGUUGGUACUACUGAUUCCGGACUCCGACAGUUGUUGUUGGCGCGGUUUUACAGUUUCACAUCUGCGUUGUGUUGGUAACGUUGCAUUUAAGACAGUAUUUGUAAUCUUUUAACAAUGCCGAAGGUGACAGUAACGUAUUUCAACACGAAGGGUCUAGGAGAAGGAAUACGUAUGUUGCUGGCGUACGGCGGUCAGGAGUUCGAAGACGUCCGAUUGGAGAAGGAACAAUGGGCCGAGUUGAAACCAAAGACGCCAUUCGGUCAACUACCAAUGGUAAAGAUCGAUGGGAAACAGUACGCACAGUCAGUAGCUAUCUGCCGUUACCUCGGCCGUAAAUACGGUCUUUCUGGCUCUGACAUCGAAGAGGAUCUCAUCAUCGAUCAGAACUUAGACUUCUUUAACGACGUACGCUCGAAAGCGGCCUCAGCGCAUUAUGAACCUGAUGAGAAAUUAAAAGCAAUCAAACUUGGGGAACUGAAGAAGGAACAGUUGCCGCUCUUAUUUGGCAAAUUGGAUGAAAUCAUUCAGAAAAACAAUGGAUAUCUGGCCGCUGGGAAGUUGACCUGGGCUGAUUUUAUCUUCGCCGGAAUAUAUGAUGCAAUCAAAAUGGUUACCCAAAUGCCAGAACUCGAUGAGAAGUAUCCGAGCUUCAAGAAACUGAAGGACACCGUGUGCGAGUUGCCUAAAGUAAAGGCAUACAUUGACGCAGCGCCUAAAACUGAUUAUUAGUUAUUAUACGUUAUUUUAUUUGUUUAAGCUAUUUUUUUAAUAUAUUAAAGUACGUU